AUGGCGUCCAACAACAUACCGCUUCUAUGCAACAUUUGCCCCAAAAAGCCGAGCUUCAGCGAUGUUUCCCACCUACUCACGCACAUCGCCAGCAAGGGCCAUUUGUCCCAUUACUAUAAGGUCAAGGUUCGAUCGACACACGAAGAUGCCUCUCGCCGUAUCAUUGACACCUACGAUCGAUGGUAUGCCGAGUGGAGUGUCGAAGAGCUCAUGUCAGACCGGAUGAAUCAGAAGGACAAGCGCCGCACGCGUACCAGGCCCGCUGUUCGCUCUACUCCUGCUCCCAGGAUUGAGGCUCCGGCUCCGGCUCCAAGACCAGCUCGUCGCGCCGCAGUCAGCAAUCUUCUCGAUCCGCGUCUCUCAGAACAACAGGUUAUCAAGGUCGAACCAGACUCUGGCACCCCUACACCUACACCGCAACCAGGUCCCUUCCUGCGCCCAAGGUCUUUCGCACCUCACCUGCAAUACUGGCCCACCGAGUCUCGUGCCAGCUCGCGUAGCUAUACCAAUCCAGACUACGAGACCUCGAGCGAAUACUCAGACCCAGGCGAGAGACCGAAGAGGCGAUAUCAGUAUACCGCAGCGGACACAUGCGCAAUUGAGGAUGAUCCUCCCGAGCAUGCUGAAGACACUAUGACGGUCAGUGAAAGCACCAAGUUGAAAGGCGUAUACUGGCCCGGCAUGGCCAUCUUCGAUUCUGCCACGCCAGACAUGCGGCGUAAGAGGAACCAGAAGAAAGAUCACUCGGUUGUUGAACAACUGGAGCUCAACUCACUGGACGUGGAGGCUACCGAGCUCAUCUUCACGCCGCAGGGGUCCUUCAAGCGGCAACGAAGAAUCUCUAGCUCAAUGUUCGACGAUGAGGAAGAGAUUGAGAUCAAAACUGAAAGCCCGCGACCAAGUUUUUCGAGACCUGUCCUUGUUGACAUGGACCCCAACAUCAGCCGUAGGUCUCGACAAAGCACUCGUGCUGCCAUAUUUCCGUUCCAGACUCGCAGCCAAUACGAAGAGAGACGUGGCCGCUCAAGCUAUGAUUUUGGCAUUGGUGAUCGCGCUCCCAAGCGUAAACGAGCGUUCGACGUCUUUCAGGACAGCGAAAUAACCUUCUCCCAACCAGCCAACUUCAACUACCUCACAUCAGGCUUCGGUCAUCAGACAUCGCCGUCCCCGUCACCCCUCCCUGGGUAUGGCUCUUACAAAUCACUCAAUGAUCCCUUUCAGUAUGAUAACAAGGAGAACGUGUUUCCGUCACUCCCUCAGCCAAUCUAUGGCAACCUCCACAACCAUCAGAUCCCCGGUUACCACUACCAUGCGUAUGGCUACAGUCUCGAUCAAGGCCAGCAAGGUUUCCAACAUGGUGGGCAAUAUCUCAAUGCAAACAAUGCCUAUCAGCAACAACAUGAGCAGCGUCAGCAGCUGGACGAUAAUGACGACGAUGAUCAACGUACGAUAACAGCUCCCCCGUCUCCAACUACAAGCUAG